AUGGACAUCGUCAACGGCAGUAAAUGUUCCUGGAGUGUGAACACAGUGUCUAGGAGAAUGAUCUACCUCCAGACGCUGUGCCUACUAUUGGCUGGUCUUCACACUGCCUACUCUCAAGACAAAAAGAGCCAUGCUAUCGCCACAACUACAGGUGACAAGAAGAUAUUCUGCUACUACAGCAGUUCAGCAAACGCUCGACCGAGUGUUGGGAAGUUUUGGCCGGAGCAUUUAGACCCAUUCCUCUGCACACAUAUUAUCUUUGCCUUCGUCGAUAUCACUGAAGAUGGAAAGGAUCUCAAACCCAACAACUGGAACGAUUUGGGGGCUGAUGGCCUGUAUGCACGGACCAUGAAGCUGAAGGAGAAGAACCCCAAGCUGAAGAUCCUGCUGGCUGUGGGCGGGUGGAAGAUUGGCUCCAAGCCCUUCAUCCCCAUCAUGGAGAGCGAGGAGAACAUGAAGGCCUGGGUCAAGAAUGUCGUGAAGUACCUGAGGAAAUACGGUUUUGACGGUCUGGAUAUGGACUGGGAGUUCCCUGCUUGGCGAGGCAGCAAGCCUGAGGACAAAUAUGGCUUCACCAUCUUGAUGAAGGGACUGUAUGACGCAUUUACUGAGGAGUCCAAGGCGUCGGGGAAGGACAAGCUGGUCUUGACUCUAGCCACAGCAUCCAGCACAUUCUACAUCGACAAGGCCUACGAGGCAUCAGAAAUAUACAAGUAUAUCGACUACAUGCUGCUGAUGACGUACAACUACCACGGGUCCGGCUGGGAGAAAACCGUGGGUCACCACAGUCCGCUCCUCCCACACAGGAGUGAUCCCGAGGGUGAACAGAGGCAGUUGUACCAGCAAUGGUCCAUCAGUUACUGGUUGAAGAUCGGUGUUCCCAAGUCCAAGCUGAUUGUGGGACUCCCAACAUACGGCCUCGGGUACAAGCUGACGGACGAGAAGAAUCACGGGAUAAGGUCUAGUGCCGAGGGCGGAAACACGAAAGGAAAAUACACUGGCGAAUCUGGCAUUCUGUCACUGUACGAGAUCUGUGAGAAGAUCCAGCACGAAAACUGGAAAGUGGAGUGGAUCCUUGACCAGAGAGUACCGUACGCCCACGGCAAGGGAGAAUGGGUCGGCUUUGAGUCUCCCGACAGCAUAGCACUGAAGGCUAAAAACAUCAUCAAGCGUGGCCUUGCAGGCGCCUUCGUGUGGUCGGUGGAGAUGGACGACUUCAGUGGUCACUGUGGCGGUGCCAAGUACCCCCUGCUCCGGACGAUCCACGACAUCCUUCUGACCGAGCACGGCACCAAGGUGACCAGUGUUGCCGGGCACACGGACAAACAGCCAGACCCUGGCAACAUUGACUGCAACAAAGUCGGCCUCGGCAUCUACAAAGACGACACGUCCUGCCUCCACUUCAACCUGUGUGUUCCUGCUGACCCCAAGGGCUUGAGAGCACUUAAGAUGGUGUGCCCCAAGGGCACCAAAUUCGAUGACGAACUUAAAAUCUGCAACCAUGCCAGCAAGAUUGACUGUUAACCUGUUAACGGUUCCUAUCACUUCAUCUCCUAAUACCCAUGUCUCAUCUGUGUUUGUCAUUGUAAAUACUUCUACUCACUAUGUAUUGUGAUGCUGUCCACCACAUCGAUGUGCUUCCAUCCCAGCUUGACCGCUCAUCUCCCAUUAAUUCACAACUGGUCAUCUCAGAGAAGUUAAUGAUCUUCGUCAACUGCCUGUCAAACCCCCAUUUCCUACAUAUUCUGAUAUGCAAAAUUCAAGGUCAACCAGACACUUCAGACGAAACAGAAUUCAGAAACACAGGGCUGAAUGUUAAAAAUCACUUAGUGUGUUAUGUGAAAAACCAGCUACUGCAAAGUCCAGGUACUUUGUACUGUUUCCAGAAUAAACUCUAAUCCGUAAUCAGUAACAUUUCCAGUACGAAGAUCAUGAAUGUUGUCGGUAGGAGACCAGGACUUCCUCACAGAGCCAUAAUAUAUAUCCGUGUCAGCUGGGCUGGAAGCAGGUGAUUGGGCGGAGGUGGGGGAUCCCCGAGUACAGGAUUGGUAGUAGACGGUGGACGGAUACAGCACCUGGACAAUACGUCCAGUACAGAGCACUACUGUAGAAGCUGAAAGGAAUUGUUUAAUGUUACAUAUUUAUUCAGACUUUAGUACGAUAGGUUACAGGUAAUCUUGAGGCCCACACAUUCUCCUGCUGGAUAGAUCAAAAUCUCGGUCUCAUUAACUCUUCCUUGUGUACAACACACACACAUUACUGGGCGUUACUAGACAUGUAGUGCAUGUCUUAUAUUAGUUACAGACUCUCCUGAUCUCCGUGAAAUAUGUAAGGGUGUUGUUGUGGAAUGUAUGGGUGGGCCAGACAGCUGCUUGACUCACCACGUAGCCUAUGUAUAAUACACUUUAAUCCGACUAGACCUCUUCCCCAGGACAUGUACAUUCACCCCUGCUUUCCCUCCAGCCAGACCCAUAGCUCUGGUCCUGAUCAUCGCACGACUGGUUAGAUGUGUAUAUACUGACACCGACAUCUAGCACUCAUAUUCUGUUAUCUGUGGAGAACAUGAUCGUCAAUGUACGCGUGUGACGAGUCCCGACUCAAGUAGGUCAACUUGUGGUCUGUCCAGAUCUACACCGACGUGUAACGGCUUUCAAACUGUAUCAUAAUUACGAAUAAAAUGUG